GGAGACGACGCGCAUUAGUGUGUUUCGUACGCACAGAGGUCACCAAACACAGCUUGCCAGCGCGCCUUGGACGCUCUGUGUCGGAAACGCCGCCCGUCGUCGCCGCGGCACCACAGCCAGCUAGCGCAAGCGCAGCGCCGCAGCAGCGCUCGUACGCCGUCGACGCGCCACCAGCAAACGAUGGCCGAGCGCAACCCCAAGGGCUCCGCGAACGUCGUCCGGCGCACGUGGGACAAGGACAAAUACGAGCAAAAGGCGAAAGAUAGAGAGGAAUACGGCGACGAGCACGUCGACAAGCCCACAACAAAUGAGGAAGAGGGCAUCCGCGACCGCCAGGAAUUUAGGGCAGCGGAGCCCGGCGCCGCGGGCCCGGCCGGCUCGAAGCGCGCGUGGCUCCAGCCGCGCGAGAAGACGUAUGGGUUUGAGCAGCAGGCGGGCCACACGCAAGUGCUCAUGAACGCCGAGAUCCAGAAGAAGGCGACGGGCUGGUACUGCGACGUCUGCGAGUGCUUGCUGCGGGACUCGGCGUCGUAUUUGGACCACGUGAACGGCAAGAAGCACCAGCGCAAGCUGGGCUACUCGAUGCGCACGCAGCGCGUCGGCGUCGAGCAGGUGCGCGACCGCCUCGCCACGGUCACGGAGGAGCGGCGGCGCGCCGAGGAGGAGGCGAAGCGGCGGCGCGGCCUCGACACGAACCAGGAGUACGAGCGCAUCCUCGAGGCGCGCGAGGCCGACGAGGCCGCGAAGCGCGAAGCCAAAAAGGACGCGAAGAAGCGGAAGCGCGAGGAGGCCGCGGCCGCGGCCGCCGAGGCCGAGGAGGACGUCGACGACGAGGCCGCGGCGAUGAACGCGAUGAUGGGCUUCGGGAGCUUUGGGGGAAGCAGGAAAGGUAGGUAGUACUACUACAGUGUC